GAGAGAGAGAGAGACAGUUCUCUUCUCACUCCACCCUUGAAAGUUCAAAUCCUUGAAGCUUACGAUUCUCUCUUCCAUUCUACGGAGAAGAAGCAAAAACAUGUUGGGAUGGCCCAGUACAGGCAAUCAGGCGCCGAUAGAUUCUCAACGCGUGGGUCCCACGAUCAUCUCCACCCCGUCACAAACGGCGCCACCUCCACCGCUAACUCUUCUGACCAGAUCGCCAUACGGAUUCCCCAUCAAAAGCAGGGAAAAAUCCGAAGGUCUGGACGCCUUGAAAAGAACUGGAAGAUUUCUAUCGUGGCUGUCCUUUUGAUUCUGUUGUUCAUCCUCUCCGUCACCUUCUUCAUCUACAAUUACCUCUCCGACAGCAAAGAAGAUGACAGGUUUGGUCAGCAGGGUGAUGAUCGGAUGAACGAUGUGGAUUUUCUGUCGAAUGUGACUCGGACGGAGGGGCAUAAAGUUCUCAAGUUCGGUCAGGGAUCUGUCACGAUGGGACGUGAUUCGAGGUAUUGGGACAGGGAUGAUAGGAGAAGGGACAGUGAAUAUGAUGAAGAUGCCUCUGAGCACAAUAACAUUGCUGAUACUGAUCCAUCUGCAAAUAAAGAUCGUAUAGUGUCGAAUCGGAAUGGAAGGAAGCAACUUCCUUUGAUUGGUGCGAAGUCCAAUGUGAAGGAUGGUAGGGAUCAAAGAAGCACAGGAUUGUAUAAUGAAGCGGGCCGUGAUGAGUUGAAGCUUUAUGAAGCUGAGUUUGAGGCCUCUCUAAAGAAUAUCAGGCAAUUGGGAGAAGAAAAUGGAGGUAAAUCACAGGAGGAAGAGGUUGAUUUAGAGGAUGAAUAUGAUGAUGGUAUUGAUUCUCAGGAUGAUUGGAUGGAGGAACACAAUGAUACGAAAAAUGACAAUGUGGACUUUGAUGGUGAAAUGGAAGACAUAGAUGAUGAUAGUGAAGAGUCCUCAGAUGCCCUUGAUGGUCGAAGUGCACACUCAAGUUCUUUGAACAAGACCGAGAACACUGAUGAAACUUUGACUAAUUCAUUUGAGAUUGACACCUCUUUGUUAUCUCGGGGUUCUGAUAGUGCUGAAACAGAAACCAGGCGUCGCAGUGCUGUUGAGGAUGAGUCUAGGAAAAGGUCUAGAUCAAGGAAGAAGUCGAGAAGGAGGGGGAGGCAUCGCAGAGUUUCGGGUUCCUCCUGUGGCAUCAAGUUCUUGGACUCUAUUGCACAAAUUGUAGAGCCCAUAGAGAAUAAGAAAUUUUCAAGGUUUUCAUUGCAGUAUACGGAAGUGGAAGACCGGCCCGAUGGAUCUGAAAAUUGGGAACCCAGAUUUGCUGGGCAUCAGAGUCUCCAAGAAAGGGAAGAAUCAUUUUAUGCUCAUGACAAAAAAAUAAAUUGUGGUUUUAUCAAGGGUCCCAAGGGAACCCCAAGCACUGGAUUUGACUUGGCAGAGGAUGAUGUGAGAUUCAUGAGCAGUUGCCACAUAGCUGUAUCUUCGUGCAUCUUUGGAAACUCGGACAACUUGAGAACACCUACUGAUAAAGUGGUCACCCGCUUGUCAAGGAAGAAUGUCUGCUUUGUUAUGUUUAUGGAUGAGAAGACAUUGCAAACAUUGAAGUUAGAAGGUCAAGAACGAGAUCAAAUGGGUUUUAUUGGUUUAUGGAAGAUUGUAGUUAUAAAGAACUUACCUUACACUGACAUGCGGAGGGUGGGAAAGAUACCGAAGUUUUUGACCCACAGACUUUUUCCUUCUGCUAGGUAUUCAAUCUGGCUGGACAGCAAAUUGCGGCUCCAAAGCGACCCGCACCUCAUUCUGGAAUAUUUCCUGUGGCGGAAAGGCUAUGAGUAUGCAAUUUCCAAUCACUACCACCGACACUGUGUGUGGGAGGAAGUGAUGCAAAACAAGAGGCUGAACAAAUACAACCACACUGUGAUCGAUCAGCAAUUCACAUUCUACCAGACUGAUGGGUUGAAAAGAUUCAAUGCUUCAGAUCCCAACAGACUUCUGCCUAGCUAUGUUCCAGAAGGAUCGUUCAUUAUGAGAGCACACACGCCGAUGUCAAACUUGUUCUCCUGUCUUUGGUUCAACGAAGUUGAACGUUUCACCCCUCGUGACCAGCUGAGUUUUGCAUAUACAUACAUGAAGCUAAGAAGGAUGAAUCCCGGGAAACCUUUUCAUCUGAAUAUGUUCAAGGACUGUGAAAGGCGAUCAAUUGCAAAGCUAUACCGUCACAGGACAGAGGUGAAGUGGAAUCCUAUUCAAGCCACCGGGUGAAAUAUGUUUGUAUUUCAAGCUUGAUCAUAUCCAUUCAUGUCCCUUCCAAAUGCGGCUAUAAUCUAUACAGUCCGGUGCAGAGCAGAAUUGCUUCCCAUCACCAUACAAGUUGGAAACUGAAGGAAGGUCAUGUGCACAUAUGCCAUGUUUUCUUUGGCACUGAAAAUUCUAGUUGGUCGAGAAUCUGCAUUCUUUCAUCUCUUUCAUGCCUUUUGAUCGCUUCAUAUAUAUAUAUAUAUAUAUAUAUAUAUAUAUAUAUAUAUAUAUAUAUAUAUA